CUUUCCGGUUGACCUCUGACUACCCCGGAUGUGCCUCACUUGAACGAGACCGCUAUUAUUUUUCUGCACUAGUAACGGCCAGGCUAAAGGAUCUAGAAGCUCGUUUGCCCAAUUUAUUGUUUCGUUUUGUAUUCAUUCUCUCGUUGAAUUAUAGCGAUUGAAAAAUGUCCAGGAGACGACACAGCGACGAAAAUGACGGAGGACAGGCCCACAAAAGGAGGAGAACAUCGGAACCCAUUGAAAUUGAAGACCGCUUGGAGUCACUGAUAUGUCGUGUUGGCGAAAAGAGUACAUCAUCGUUGGAGAGCAACUUGGAGGGUCUUGCAGGCGUGUUGGAGGCUGACCUUCCAAACUACAAAAACAAAAUCCUGCGCAUUUUAUGUGCUGUUGCCCGCCUCCUACCUGAGAAACUCACGGUAUAUACGACUUUAGUUGGCCUUCUGAAUGCCAGGAACUACAACUUUGGGGGCGAGUUUGUGGAAGCCAUGAUAAGACAGCUCAAGGAGACACUAAAAAACAACUUGUACAAUGAAGCUGUUUAUUUGGUGCGUUUUCUGUCUGACUUGGUCAACUGCCAUGUAAUCGCUGCUCCUUCAAUGGUGGCCAUGUUUGAAAACUUUGUCAGUGUUACUCAAGAGGAAGAUGUACCACAGGUUCGGUCAGACUGGUUUGUGUACGUAGUACUUUCCUGUCUGCCCUGGGUCGGAAAGGAGCUUUACGAGAAGAAGGAUGUUGAAAUGGACCGACUUCUCAGCCAGAUUGAAGGCUACCUCAAGGGCCGAGUAAAGACACAUGUCCCAAUGCUACAGGUGUGGACAGCAGAGAAGCCCCACCCACAAGAGGAGUACCUGGACUGCCUCUGGGCCCAGAUUCAGAAGCUGAAGAAGGACCGCUGGCAGGAGCGCCACAUCCUUCGUCCAUACAUCGCCUUUGACAGCGUGCUGUGUGAGGCCCUGCAGCACAACCUACCCCCCUUCACCCCGCCGGGCCACAUGCCUGACGCCCAGUACCCCAUGCCCCGGGUCGUCUUCCGUAUGUUCGACUACACUGAUGCCCCAGAGGGUCCUGUUAUGCCUGGCAGUCAUUCUGUGGAGAGAUUUGUCAUUGAGGAAAACCUGCACUGUAUCAUCAAGACUCACUGGAGAGAGAGGAAAACAUGUGCUGCCCAGUUACUUAGCUACCCUGGAAAAAAUAAGAUUCCACUCAAUUAUCACAUCGUGGAGGUGAUCUUUGGGGAACUUUUCCAGCUUCCCGCUCCGCCUCACAUUGACGUCAUGUACACCACGCUGCUCAUCGAACUGUGCAAGCUGCAGCCGGGGUCUUUGCCACAAGUUUUGGCUCAAGCCACAGAGAUGCUGUACAUGAGACUGGACACCAUGAACACCACCUGCAUAGACAGACUGAUCAAUUGGUUUUCUCACCAUUUGAGCAACUUCCAGUUUCGGUGGAGCUGGGAUGACUGGUCAGACUGCUUGACCGUGGAUCAAGAGAAGCCCAAGCCAAAGUUUGUCAGAGAGGUUCUGGAGAAGUCCAUGAGGCUUUCAUACCAUCAGCGAAUAGUGGACAUCGUCCCUCCGACCUUUUCAGGACUCAUCCCAGCUGAACCCAUAUUUAUCUUCAAAUACGAAGACGAGAGCGCUUCUUCAUUACCAGGUUAUGCUGCAUCUGUCACGGUGGGAAAUGCCAUCAAGAACCGAGCGUCCAACGAAGAGAUCCUGACCAUCCUCAAAGAAAUGCCCAACCCCAACCAAGAAGACGACGAUGAUGAGGGGGAGAGUUUCAACCCUCUGAAGGUCGACGUGUUCCUGCAGACUCUGCUCCAUCUGGCUGCCAAAUCUUUCAGCCACUCCUUCAGCGCCCUCGGCAAGUUCCAUGAGAUCCUAAAGAACCUGACAGACAGCGAUGAGGGGAAACUGCACAUCCUCAAGGUGGUUUAUGAGGUGUGGAGGAAUCACCCGCAGAUGAUCUCGGUGUUGGUGGACAAAAUGAUUCGGACGCAGAUUGUGGACUGCGCUGCUGUCGCUAACUGGCUUUUCUCUCAGGACAUGGCUCACGAAUUCACCAGACUUUACAUUUGGGAGAUUCUGCACUCAACCAUCCGAAAGAUGGACAAACACGUCCAGAAGAUCCAGCAGGAGUUGGAGGGGGCCAAGGACAAACUGGAGAAACAGCAGCACAAGAGGAGGGACAGCGGGGAUGACGAGGACAUGGACAAGGCCAGCGAGGAUGAGGAGGGUCAGCUGGAGGAGCAGAUCGAGAGGCUACAGGAGAAAGUGGAGUCUGCUCAGAGUGAACAGAAGAACCUUUUCCUCGUCAUUUUCCAGCGUUUCAUCAUGUUGCUGACGGAGCAUCUGGUCCGCUGUGAGACAGGCAGCGUUGACAUCAGCACGCCCUGGUACAAAAACUGCAUCGAGCGGCUGCAGCAGAUCUUCCUCAUGCAUCAUGAGACCAUCCAGCAGUACAUGGGAACCCUGGAGAACUUGCUGUUCACUGCAGAGCUCGACCACCACAUCCUGGCUGUCUACCAGCAGUUCUGUGCCCUGCAGCUCUGAGACACACACACACACACACACACACACACACACACUGACGUCGUGUAAUUGGAUGAAAUGAGAUGUGUGUUUGUGUUCACACAGUAACUGUGCUAAACCUACAUGUUAGAAACGACCAGCUCUUGCAUCAAGAAUCUCCCCAUUACAGUUGAUUUUUUAUUUACGUCUCUUUUGCGUUUGGUGCCAUUCAAAGUGUUGAUGUCUUUUGAAAUAGGAGUUCAAACGAGAGUCCGUUUGAAAAAUCCUGUCAUUAAUUUACUGUAGUUUUCCUGUUUUGUUUUUUUUUUUACAUCCAGCUUGUCUUCUUAUGAAUGGGUCUUUUUAAAAAUGUAAGAACUGUGUGAGUGCAGUCGGAGCUGGAGAAGUGAACAUAGGAGGAGAGGACAUCUCAGGUCAGGCUGAAUCCUGAAUCUAGUGGACGCUCUGCUUUUUUUAUAUUUGUUUUAUGUGGAAUUGGGAAAGAAUUAAAACUCUGCAGAGUCUUUA